GUUGGUAGUGAACCGAAAUUCAGCCCACUCCUUCAGUACAACCUUAGUUUCUCCAUUCUCUUACAACAAACAGCGCAAACGAUAUCAUCCACGGCCACAAAGAGACGAGAUAAUUGCUUCGUUCCACUCAACCAAUCAUCGAAUUAACGACCUACCUAUUCCUUCUCGUUGACUUCUCCUCUGUCUGGCAACGGCAAAAAAGAAAUUAAACACCAUGGCCCCAUCUGACACAAACAACCGAGCCACAAAGCCUUCGGCCUCGGGUUCAAGUUCGGGGGAUGCCGAUUUGGCCCAGGCCUAUCGAGACCUUGCCAGAGGCGAACAAGCGGCCACGGCCCUUGAGAAUAAUCUUUCAAGCCUUGAGAGCAGGCUCGAUGCCAUCCUCGCUGCUCUAGAAGCCAGAGAGAACCCACAAACGUCCGCCACCGCAGCCAAGGCUAACAACUCCCCCAGAGCUGCAGAUAGAGAAGAUCAGAAGGGCGGAUCAUUGGACGGUGCUAAUGGCGACGCAGAAAAGAUUGAGAAGGAUGCAGCCUAAGUGAACAAGCAGUUUGAGCAGUGGCUACAGAUCAUUUCACGUAGUAGACUAGACAAUGGAGAGCAGGGU